AGCAGGGUGCAGGAAGACUCCCAGGGAAGGACCUGCCAUGGUGGUCCGCCUCAGGGACUUCCUAUCCUCUGGAGGUGGUGUGUCUGCUCUCCCGGGGGUAGACUCACCACAAAAGGGGUGUCGAGGCAAGGAGACUCAAGGAUCGGUGGAGUCUCGGCUGGGGCGGGGUAGACAUGGGUCUCAACCCCUUAGCAAGCUAGGGGCAAGGGAGAGACACAAACCCAGCGGGCAAGUCGGUCCAGGGGACAGAGGAUCCGAACUAGACCGGGGGCGGGACCGGCAGGCUCCCUGCCCCUUCCCCGCCCUCACGUCCCCCGGGGUGUCACGUGGGGCGGGCGGAAGCGCCGGGAGAGGUGGGCGCGCCCGGACCGCUGUCGCGAGUUGGUGGCGGCCGCGUGUGACAGACAGGACCGGGACUGGGACCCGGGUCCCCCGCAUAGAAUACUCUUCGCUCAAAACAGUGUCCACCUCAGAGCACCAUGAGGAGCCUUUGGGAAUAGGAACAACCUCUCUCCAGAGGCCUGGGGGAACGUGGUGGCCGGUCUGAGCCUGGCCCUGGGCCUCUGCUACCAGAAGCCAUGGCAGAAAGCAGCGAUGCCGCUCUGUCUGUAGCUGAGUGGCUUCGGGCGCUGCACCUGGAGCAGUACACAGCCCUCUUUGAGCAGCAUGGACUGGUGUGGGCCACCGAAUGCCAAGGCCUCAGUGAUACCAUCCUGUUGGACAUGGGCAUGCACCUCCCUGGCCACCGCCGCCGAAUCCUGGCCGGUCUGCUCCGUGCCCAUGCACCCCCGACCCCCGUGCCUCGCCCUGCCCCGCGGCCUGUGCCCAUGAAGCGACACAUCUUCCGUUCACCCCCUGUGCCCGUCACUCCACCUGAACCGCCGCCCACGGCUGGAGAGGAGGAGGGGCUCCCUGCGGCCCCGCCUAUUCCUCCCCGAAGGACCUGUCUCGCACCUGUCUGCUUCACACCCCCAUCCACAGCUUCCCCGGACCCUGUGCUGCCCCCACUGCCAGCCAAGCGACACUCCAUAGAACCAAGUGUUCCUCCUGUUCCUCCUCGUACUGGACCCCCCUACCCACAGACCAGCCUUCCCCCCAAAGAGGAGGUAUUGCUGCCACAGGUGUUACCCCGUCCCCAACCAGAGCCUUCAGAGACCCUGUCCACCCUCCUGUCUGCCUUCCCCCAGGGGCCUCAGCAGCCUCUGUCUCCGGCUCCCUGCCCUCCUGAGAUCCCUCCCAAGCCUCCUCGCCUGCUCCCAGAGUUUGACGACUCUGACUAUGAUGACAUCCCAGAGGAGGGGCCGCGGGCCCCAGCCAGCGUGAUGACCAAGGUAGGCAGGGAGGAGCCCUUGCCAAGCCGAGUCCCACGGGCCGUGCGGGUGGCUAGUCUGCUGAGCGAGGGGGAGGAGCUGUCUGGGGAUGAUGCCGAAGAUGAGGAUGACCAUGCCUAUGAGGGUAUCCCCAAUGGCGGGUGGCCCACCGGUGGCCUGAACCCACCCUUCCGCAGCCUUAUCCCCGAUCUCCCACCGCACCCCAUGGAUGAGCUGCCUGGGGGCUCCACCCCCAUCACUCCGGUCAUCAAGGCUGGCUGGCUGGACAAGAACCCACCACAGGGGUCUUAUAUCUAUCAGAAGCGAUGGGUGAGACUGGAUGCUGACUACCUGCGAUACUUUGACAGUAACAAGGAUGCCUACUCUAAGCGCUUUGUCCCUGUAGCCGGCAUCUGCCGGGUAGCUGCUAUCGGAGACCAGAAGUUUGAAGUGAUCACAAACAAUCGGACCUUCGCCUUCCGGGCAGAGAGCGAUGUGGAGCGGAAUGAGUGGAUGCAGGCUUUGCAGCAGGCAGUGGCUGAGCAGCGAGCCCGUGCUCGGCUCUCUAGUGCUUCUGUGUUGGGAGUUCGAGGUACUGAGCAGCCUGACCGCGCUGGCAGCCUGGAGCUACGAGGCUUCAAGAAUAAGCUUUAUGUGGCAGUGGUUGGGGACAAAGUACAACUCUAUAAGAAUCUGGAGGAGUUCCAGCUGGGCAUCGGUAUCACCUUCAUCGACAUGAAUGUGGGCAAUGUGAAGGAAGUGGACCGGCGCAGCUUUGACCUCACGACCCCCUACCGCAUCUUCAGCUUCUCAGCUGAUUCAGAGUCAGAAAAGGAGCAGUGGCUGGAGGCCAUGCAGGGCGCCAUCGCAGAGGCCCUGUCUACCUCAGAGGUGGCCGAGCGCAUCUGGGCUGCAGCCCCCAACAGGUUCUGUGCUGACUGUGGAGCUUCCCAGCCUGACUGGGCCUCCAUCAAUCUCUGCGUUGUCAUCUGCAAGAGCUGUGCAGGGGAGCACCGUGGCCUGGGGGCUGGAGUGUCCAAGGUGCGGAGCCUGAAGAUGGACAGGAAGGUGUGGACAGAAACACUCAUCCAGCUCUUCUUGCAGCUGGGCAAUGGCCCUGGGAACCACUUCUGGGCUGCCAACGUGCCCCCUAGUGAGGCCCUGCAGCCCAGCAGCAGCCCUGGUGCCAGGCGAUACCACCUGGAGGCCAAGUACAGAGAGGGCAAGUACCGCCGUUACCACCCACUCUUUGGCAACCAAGAGGAGCUGGACAAGGCCCUGUGUGCUGCAGUGACUACCACUGACCUGGCUGAGACCCAGGCACUCCUGGGCUGUGGGGCUGGGGUCAGCUGCUUCUCAGGGGACCCGGCAGCUCCCACACCCCUGGCUCUCGCUGAGCAGGCUGGACAGACGCUGCAGAUGGAGUUUCUACGGAAUAACCAGAGCACAGAGGUCCCUCGGCUGGACUCAGGGAAGCCCUUGGAAAAGCACUACUCCGUUAUCUUGCCAACUGUGAGCCACAGUGGUUUCCUGUACAAAACUGCUUCUGCCGGCAAGCCUCUACAGGACCGCCGUGCCCGGGAAGAGUUCAGCCGGCGCUGGUGUGUCCUUAGUGACGGGGUCCUGAGUUACUACGAGAAUGAACGGGCAGUGACACCCAAUGGGGAGAUUCGGGCCAGUGAGAUUGUAUGCCUGGCAGUUUCCCCUCUGGACACCCACGGCUUUGAGCACACCUUUGAGGUGUACACAGAGGGAGAACGGCUGUACCUGUUUGGGCUGGAGAAUGCAGAGCUCGCUCACGAGUGGGUCAAGUGCAUUGCCAAGGCAUUUGUGCCUCCCCUGGCUGAGGACCUGCUAGCCCGGGACUUUGAGCGGCUUGGGCGCCUACCCUACAAAGCUGGCCUGAGCCUCCAGCAGGCCCAGGAAGGCUGGUUUGCCUUGGCUGGCUCUGAGCUCCGGGCUGUCUUCCCAGAGGGGCCCUGGGAAGAGCCACUGCAACUCCGGAGACUGCAAGAGCUUUCUAUCCAAGGAGAGAACGAGAACCAAGUUCUGGUGCUGGUAGAGCGGAGGAGGACGCUGUACAUCCAGGGCGAGCGGCGACUGGACUUCAUGGGUUGGCUCGGGGCCAUCCAGAAAGCAGCAGCCAGCUUGGGAGACACACUAUCCGAGCAACAGCUUGGGGACUCGGACAUCCCAGUGAUUGUAUACCGCUGUGUGGACUACAUCACACAGUGCGGCUUGACCUCGGAGGGUAUCUAUCGAAAGUGUGGUCAGACCUCUAAGACCCAGAGACUGCUGGAGAGCCUGCGGCAGGAUGCACGUUCUGUACACCUCAAAGAGGGAGAACAGCAUGUGGAUGACGUCUCCUCUGCGCUCAAACGCUUCCUGAGGGACCUGCCUGAUGGACUCUUCACUCGUGCACAGCGCCUGGCCUGGCUGGAGGCCUCUGAGAUCGAGGAUGAGGAGGAAAAGAUCUCCAGGUACCGAGAGCUCUUGGUGCAUCUGCCCCCUGUCAACCGGGCUACUGUGAAGGCUCUUAUCAGCCAUCUGUACUGUGUGCAGUGCUUCUCAGACACAAACCAAAUGAACACACACAACCUGGCUAUUGUGUUCGGGCCCACACUCUUCCAGACCGAUGGGCAGGACUACAAGGCCGGCAAGGUGGUGGAAGACCUUAUCAGCCACUAUGUGGUGGUGUUUAGUGUGGACGAGGAGGAGCUGAGGAAGCAGAGGGAGGAAGUCACUGCCAUUGUGAAGAUGCGAGUGGCUGGCACUGCCAGUGGGACCCAGCAUGCCGGUGACUUCAUCUGCACCGUGUACCUGGAGGAGAAGAAAGUGGAGACUGAACAACAUGUCAAGAUCCCAGCAUCCAUGACAGCAGAGGAGCUUGUCCUGGAGAUCCUAGACCGCCGCAAUGUGAACAUCAGGGAAAAGGACUACUGGACUUGCUUUGAGGUCAACGAGAAGGAGGAGGCGGAGCGCCCGUUACACUUUGCGGAGAAGGUGCUGCCCAUUGUGCAUGGGCUGGGCAUAGACAGUCACCUGGUGGUGAAGAAGUACCAGUCCAUGGAGGCCAUGCUGUUGUAUUUGGCCAGCCGUGUGGGUGACACCAAGCAUGGCAUGAUGAAGUUCCGUGAGGACCGAAGCCUCCUGGGUCUGGGGCUGCCCUCAGGUGGCUUCCACGACCGCUACUUCAUCCUCAACAGCAGCUGCCUCCGGCUCUACAAGGAGGUUCGGAGCCAAAGGCCGUGGAGCGGGGCCCCUGAGACCAGUCACCGGCCUGAGAAGGAGUGGCCUGUCAAGAGCCUCAAAGUCUACCUGGGUGUGAAGAAGAAACUGCGGCCACCUACUUGGUAAGCCAGGACUGAGGUGCCAGGCUAUGAGGUGCUAUGGCUAGGACCUGGGAGUGUCUGAACUGAUAGGAAGGCGCUGGGGGGGGGGUGUCAAGCUUUCUAGGGGCUGGUGUAGUUUUGUGGUUAAGGUCCUCUUGGCCAGUAGCAUCACCUGGACAUACCAUAGAAGCACAGAUUUUAUCAGGUGUCACCCUGGGCCUCCUGAGUUUGGACUUCUGUGAGUGGGACCCAGGGCUCAAUAUCUCCUCCGGCAGUCCAGGUAACAGUGCUUGUUCAUAUUUGAGAAUCGCUGGUCUGGGGUAGAAUCUUGCUAGCAUUGUUGAGAGUGAGUU